GAUAUUCCCGUCAACGUCGAUUUCCACCGCUCUCAGACGCAACUGAAACAAAAACCUCAUCCAACCCAUGCAAUUUUCCUUUCUUUUCUUCUUCUUCUUCUUCUUCUUCUUUUGAUUCCUUUCACUUUUAAUGGCUUCCUAUACGCUCUCGUUUCUCCCAAUUGCAAUUUCCACCGCUCACCUGAAGCGCGCCGGUGACUCUUCAGUUUCUCUUCCUGUCACCUCCUUGCUUGGGAAAAAGCUCUUAAUUCAAAGCUCCGACUUGAGGAGUUUCGUUUCCAAGCACCAUUCCUCGCCGAGGGCGACCGUGGCUUUCAGUGUCGAAACUUCGAAGCAAGAAAGGAAUCCUUCCGAGAGAUUACCAAAUGGUGGUGGUGUUAGAUGGUCGGCUAGAGCGAUAAAGGCGUUUGCAAUGGGGGAACUGGAAGCGAGGAAGAUAAAGUACCCCAAUACUGGUACUGAAGCAAUCCUGAUGGGGAUAUUAGUUGAAGCAACAAGUGUCACUGCAAAGUUUUUGAGGGAUAAUGGGAUCACACUUUUCAAGGUUCAAGAUGAAAUACUAAACUUGCUUGGAAAGGCAGACAUGACUUUUACCAGUCCUGAGCAUCCUCCAUUGACUGAACAGGCUCAAAAGGCUCUUGAUUGGGCUGUUGAGGAGAAACUAAAGUCAGUUGAAAGUGGGGAAAUAACUACAACUUACUUGCUCCUUGGAGUUUGGGCGCAAAAAAAUUCAGCAGGUCACAAGGUCUUGGCUACUUUAGGUUUUAAUGAUGAAAAAGCUAAAGAGCUUGAAAAUUUUAAAAAUCAGGAUUUUGUUCCAAGUUUUAAGUAGGAUAUAGAAGAUUUUCAGAAUUUGUCAACCUAUGGACAUCAUGACUAUAUCUUCCAAGAGCAGAUUCUUCUUGGGUGGAUCCAAUCACCUAAUUGAGAUGAUGUUCGGCUUUAGAUUUUGUUUCAACAAUUGAGUGUUUCAAUCAACCAGAAAAGUUCAGAGCUAUUUAUCCUGGUUUUGGACACAAAAACUACAAUGCUGGUAUAGUUUGUGACGAUUAAUUUUCCUA